AUGGUACUUCUCAUCGUGGUAGCUUUAUUUGCUUUCUUACAGCUGCAAAUUGUUUUAAUAGUUUACUGGCUCUGGAAUCGAACUAAACCAUUUGUAAUGAGCCGUUGCUUCGUUAACACAAACGGAAUUCAAUACAUCGAUAACGUUAAUGUUGUAUUUUGCAACCAAUGCGGCCACUGUUCGAAGUCCAACAACGUGGCUGGGAAAGAGACUACCAGUGACUCAGGUUCAACGGUUGUUUCUGUGGCUCCUCCGUCAACCUCCUCGCCGGUGAGGGAGAAGUUUAGAGUGACAAAAAAGGUUGAUCCAGACAACAGUUUCAGACACCAACGUGAAAUGAUUCAGAAGAAGAUGAAGAUAGAAAAAAGAGAUGACAGAAAACAAAUUCACCCAUACGAAAAUAAUGGAGAGGGACUUGAAAGUAUACGACUUCUCAGAUUGGCAUUGGCUUUGAAGAUCGUAAAAUAUGUAUCAAAAUUCAAGUCUGAGAUGACAGGAAUUGACGGUGAGAAGUUAUGCCUACUGCUAGAACACAUAUUUGAGAAGAAGAUUGAGAAAACACCUAUUUCCAUGGCUACAAAUACAAUGGUAGUUGGUGGUGACAAAACAGAGCAGGGGAAAGAGGUGUGAUAAGUCUCUUUGCACGAGGCUCUGUCUGUGUUCUCACUGAAAAAAAGUUCAUAGCCCAGUGCAAGAUCAAAUUAAAUAUCAGUUUUUUUUCAGCUGUACCUUCUUUUUAAACAAAGUUUUUUACUAAA